AUGCCCUCUGCCGUCUCUUCCAUCGCGGCUCGGGAUCAUCUAAGGGGAAGCAGAAGGCGACUCAGCUGGGUCCAGAUGAACCAGAGAAAGCCUACACAUGUGACUGCGCUCAGCGUUGUGGAUCAACGCCAACUCCGGCAAAUGCUCCUCGCACAGUGCUCCAGUGGCUGGUCCUUCACGAGAACACGGUUCAGGCAAUCACCCUACAGGGUCAAUGGGACGAAGUGCAAAUUCGGUGAAGUGGAACGACUACAGCCCGACAUCCAGGAUAGCCAUCUAGGGAAACGAGCUAAUAUACGCGCACAGAGACGAGGCCAACUCGGUGUCGCCGAAGCCUCCCAGGCUGCAUACGUGGCACCCGACUCGGAGUCUGCGGAGCAGAUAGAAGCGGGAGAGGAGGUGAACUUGGACCGCAGCACUGAAGGCAGUGAAGGCAUACCCUUGCGCGGCCCUCUCAGCGCCGGUUCAUCAGUAUCGCUCCUGAGAGCCGAUCCAGGAAGUCUGGCCGAGAUCUCAGCACAAGAAGCCGAGGUUGCAGAACAAGAACAUGCACAGCCUCCCACGAAUGCCACCUCGGGCGGUUCACACCCAGAUUCUACUGCUAGUGACUCGGACAUGGAGGACUUGACACUGCCUAGUACCAUCCACCUAGAGGAUCUCCGCCGCACAAAAGAGAUGAUUGAUCUUCUACGACAGGCGACUCUUGAGACGACAUAG